AUGGCCGCCGUCACUUCAGAGACACCUUCCGCUACUCCCUCGCUGCGCACCGACCGCGUGCGCCUCGCGGUGCUAAUGGCGCCCAAGCCCGGGCUUUCUUUCGAAGAGUUUGACCGGUACUGGCUCGACGUCCAUGCUAAGGUCUUCUCGUCCAUCGCCAUUGCCCAGCGUAACCUGCUCAAAUACGAGCAAUUCCACCUCGACACCAAUUAUGAGGGCAUCAUCGCUGCGCAGACCCUCGCGAAGUCCCAGACUCGCUUCCGCGGGAUCGCAAUAUUCGAGGCGACGUCGCUGGACAAGAUCUUCGAGAUCUUCCAGGACGAGGAGUAUCUCCGCGUCGUUGUUCCGGACGAGCACAACUUCUUCGACCACGAGAACGCGCAGAUACUUGCCGGCCCUUUCGCCACGAUCAUUGACAAGCUAUAG